UCUUUCCCAGGAAAUGGGCUUGGCUUGACUGCACUGUGAGUUAAAACAGAUUUGUAGACUAAGCCGCACAAGUAUUUCAGAACAACUAGACAAUGACAAAUGCAGUGCUUGGAGGGCCAUUCUUAAGUGGCCAAGAUGGGAGAUGAGAUGCUUGUUUGUGAAAAUGGAUGAGUGAAGGACCAGGUGUAUUCUGCUCCUUUAGUUCGUUCUUAUAGAAAGAUUCUGCUGCCAGUUUCAGCUGGAGCGUCUCGCUGAUCGUUCUUUCAGCACCAUGGAUUUUAUCUCAAUGGGCAAGUCACUCAUUGUGGGGAAGAGAUCCGGAGUCUCUCUGUCCAGAAGCUUAAUCACACUAGAGAAAUCAAUGUGAUCUUACUGAAUGAACACCGUGGACCGUUAAUUUACUUCUCUUCAGCUUCAUAAUAUAAAACACUGGAACUGCCCUGUGAAAAAUGACCCAGCAAAUGCAGAGCUUACAACUUUCCCAGACCAAAAAGAAUAACCCUCCAUCUUCUCCCAAUGCCGCCAAGCGUCUCUACCGGAACCUCUCUGAGAAGCUGAAGGGAAGCCACUCAUCCUUUGAUGAAGUGUAUUUCAGAGCCCGAACAGAUCGUCUAAGUCUCCGGAAGUCUUCAGUGAAUUUCCAGUGCUGCGAAGCCAUGUUCGAGGCUGUGGAGCAACAGGACCUAGAUGCUGUCCAGGUUCUUCUCUACCAAUACACACCAGAGGAGCUGGAUCUCAACACACCUAAUAGUGAGGGGUUGACAGCUCUGGACAUCGCCAUCCUGACAAAUAAUGUGCCCAUUGCCAAGAUCCUCAUGAAAGUUGGUGCAAAGGAGAGUCCACACUUUGUCAGCGUGGAAGGCAGAUCCGUCCAUCUGAGCAACUUGGUCCAAGAAGCUCAACAACGGGUGAAUGACCUGUCUGCACAAGUCAUGAGUGAAAGUCUCGGCACAGACAGCUCUGAGAAGGAGAAGCAGCUGAAAGCCUGGGAGUGGAGAUACCGGCUUUACAAACGCAUGAAGUCCAGCUUUGAACACUCCAGAGCCCCUGAGGCACCAACCAACAUCUGCCUUAUGGUAACAAGCAGCACAUCACUCACUGUCACUUUCCAAGAGCCUCAUAGCAUCAAUUCAGCAGUGGUGACAAAAUACAAAGUGGAAUGGAGCUGUUCCGAAGACUUUUCUCCUUUGGCCGGAGAAAUCAUAAUGGAAAACCUUCAGUCUUUGAGAUGCACUAUUACUGGCCUCACAAUGGGCCGAAGGUAUUAUGUCCAAGUGUAUGCCCAUAACAUGAAAGGCUGGGGACAGCCUCAGAUUUCCUCGCCUUGCUGUGCUUCUCCUUCUAACUGGAAAGACUACGAUGGCAGAGAGCCUAAGCACCGGGGACAGAUUGAAGCCCUGGAACGUUUGUUGCAGCAGGUUAGAGCGUCUCGUCCGAGCUACAGUUGCCGAGAUAAUGUUAAAUUGCAGAAUGCCGGUCGCAAGCAGUCUGUCUCCAGAAGCCUGAAACAUCUCUUCCAUUCUUCAAACAAGUUUGUGAAGACUUUGAAAAGAGGGCUUUAUUUAGCUGUGAUAUUUUAUUACAAAGACAACAUGUUAGUAACCAAUGAAGAUCACAUACCAAUAGUGGAAAUUGAUGAUUCUCACGCCAGUUCUAUUAUGCAAGAUUUCCUCUGGUUCACAAAGCUGUCUUGUAUGUGGGAUGAGAUCAGAUGGCUGAGGCAGAACAUGUCUGUCUCCAUGUCCUCCUCCACGGUGCUCCAAGCCAGGCAGAAAAUGCUGUCUGCAGCAGCCCAGUUACAGAACCUGUUAGGCACACAUAAUCUGGGCCAAGUCUAUUAUGAACCAAUCAAAGACCGCCAUGGCAAUGUUAUCAUAGUGACAAUCAGAGAAGUGGAGAGCCUCUAUUCCUUUUUUAAUGGCAAAUGGAUGCAGAUCUCUAAACUACAAAGCCAGAGGAAAUCUCUUUCAACACCUGAGGAGCCAACAGCGUUAGACAUAUUGCUUAUCACAAUCCAGGACACACUUUCCUAUCACAGAAGGAGCCAACAACGUCUGGCUCCGGGCCUUUAUUUGGGAUACUUAAAACUCUGCAGUUCCGUUGAUCAGAUCAAAGUGCUUGUGCUACAAAAGCUACCCAACAUUCUGUGUCACGUUAAAAUCCGAGACAAUGGCAAUGUGUCCAGAGAGGAAUGGGAAUGGAUCCAAAGACUUUCUGGCUCAGAAUCUAUGGAAAAUAUGGAUCAUUCUGUAGAGUGUCCAACUCGACUGUUUUUUGAGCUCCAAAUGGCAAUGAGAGCUCUUCUUAAACAGAUCAAUCUACCUCUACAACAGGCUAAGCUGUUCCGUCUGUAUACACAGGAGGUGUUGGAACUGGGUCACAAUGUGUCCUUUCUUCUCCUGCUCCCUGCCUCAGACGACGUCUGCACUGCCCCAGGACAGAACAACCCUUACACCCUUCACACAGGAUUCCUUAACCUCCCUCUUCAGAUGUUUGAACUCGUUCAUUUCUGCAGUUACAAGGAAAAAUUUAUUAGUCUCUAUUGCCGCCUUUCCGCUGUCAUAGAGCUAGAUUUUCUGAGCACCCAGCAGUCCCUAAGGGAAGCCAUUUCAGACAGUGAAGUUGCUGCUGCUAAACUAAGACACCAACAAGUCCUAGAUUACAUACAGCAAAUUGAUGAGAUCUGGCGGGAAAUGAGGUGGAUCAAUGAAGCAUUGCAGUAUGCACGGUACAGACCAACAACCUCUGGCUUGCCUCUCGUGAAAAUUCUGGAUCUCUCAGAGGAACCCCUGCAGAAAAAAAUAAGCUCCACAUCCUCCCAUCUUGACUGUCUUCCAUCCCCACCUCCUUCCCCAGAGAUGGAGAUGCCAAGGAGAAAAGCUGAUUCCCAGCCAUAUUCCGAUGAAGAAGGUUGCUCAGAGGUGUUCCUUCCAACCGACAGUGACUAUGAUUCUAGCGAUGCUUUGAGUCCACGAGAACUGGAUUUGGUUUAUUCAUCCUCCCAGGAUAUCUCCCAUCAGGCUGUGAGUUGUUUGAGUGGUAGCGCCCCAGAUGUCCUCCAAGUCCAUGACAUCAAACCUUGCUUGACUCCAAAACAAAACCCAAGAGGGAGUAGUGUCUUAGAGACAGAAGUUGAUCAGUUUACAGACAACAUGCAGAGUCUGUCCAUUGGAAGACUUUCACCAAAAAACCCAGAAAAGAAUUCCGUCUCAAAGCAAACUUUGAGUUUCCUAGGGAAGAAAAAACAUGGGAAACAUCAGCACUACAAUUAUUUCAGCCGACACCAUCGCUGGCUCCGUGUACAUAGCGAAACCCAGUCUAUCUCUCUUUCUGAAGGCCUCUACACUCCCCAUCUCACACAAGCCAUGGACUACUCUCAAGAGCCCACUCCUGGUGAGCAGAUCAGCAUUUCUAUUGAUUGUCCCCGCACUACUUUCUUACCUCAUGCUUCAAGUCUCCCAGAAGAAGGGAAAGACAAAUACCAGGAACUGAGGCCAAACAUCCGCAGAAUAUAUGUUGAGCCUUACAAGACCACAUUAUCCAGUGAAGGUAGCAACCAGUCUGGAGAUCAUACAGAUUUGCACAGCCCUUUGGGUCAAGGCAGGAUUGCAGAAGAUCAGUCUUGUUCUAACAUCACCGAAGUGUUCAGCAGUGACCUUUAAGAGAUCACGUUGCUCAGUUGCCCUGCUCCUCUGCCCUGCCUUCAAAAUACAAUCACACUUACCACAAAUGGAAGACUAGUUCUUCAAAACAAACUUUGCAUGCAGAAGUCCCAACUCAUGUCUCUACCAAAUGGAGAGCAAAUUUUCUGCAUAGUUUUCUAAGAAAAGACAUAGGGGGUAAAAAUUAACUUUUGCAUAUAUGCUUACUUGCACUACUUCUAAAGUUAGAUGGCUGAUUCUUGACUCUUUAUUGGAUACUUAACAAGGCAGAAAGAAAUGUUAUCUUUUUCAUGUGAAAAAGAAAUUUUCAGGAAACUUAAAAUGUUUCACUAUGGAAUUUUCCCAUCCUAGACAGUCAGCUUUGUCCCUCGCUUAUUGAGUAGCAUUCAUGGCCCCAGGAGCUGAUUUAUUAUUAUACACAACUAGUUAUUGUGUUUCACCAGACUGGGCAACGCAACAUCAGUAAAGACAAUUGUUCAGAAAAUAAAGUUGAUUUUGAAGAAUAACAAGAUGCAAGUGGUGCAGCCAAAAAGGUCUCUGCAAACAAAUUUGAAGAAGAUUAUCUGACUUUACCCUUUUCCCUCCAUUGUAACGUUCUGUGGGAAAGAUAACUGAAAAGAUCCCAAAAUUUUACUGGGAGGCAAAAAAAAAAAUCACACCCACUGUUUUGUUUUUUAGUUUGUGGUUUUUAUAUCUACAAGAUUAUGAGCAGUUUUGCUCCUACAGCAGUUUUCAGCUAUACCAUUUGAAUAGAUGUCUUUCAGGAUAUAGCUCCCCUAAAUCAUUAAAUCAGACCACUUUCUCUCUUCAAGAUUAUUUUUGAACAUUAUUGGUUGGUAAUUCCCAAUGUUCUUCAGGUGGAAACCCAGCUAAGUGAUAUAAACAGGUAUGGUUUUAGAGACAACUUCAGUUGGCGAUCUUAUUUGGAAGGAAGUCUUUCACCUUAUCCCUUCUUUUACUUUUCAGUUGUUCAGUCAAUGGGACUUGACAGUUCACCCUACCAAAAAUGAAGAAUGAGCACAUAAAUUUGUGGGCAGACUCAGGAGUAAUGGCGUGGGUUCUUCAUCAUAAUUCACUGAUUAGUUAUUUUGAAGAGAUGAUCCCCCAAUUACAGUUCAUCUUUGUUUCUUGUGAAAUCUACUGAUCUCAAUAUUUUGAAUGUAAAUUACACCAUUGGGACUGGAAUCCUCUUUAAUUUAUACAACUCCUCAGUAUGCAGACAGAUGUUCAUAUAGGAUCUCAUCUCCAGGUGGCUCUUGAUGGGAAGUUAGCCUUGUGGAAUACUGCCUUGGACCACUUCUUAGAUGGAAAUGUAUCAUGGGAAUCAUCAAUGUACGUUACAGGACCUGGGAAGGAGACGGUACUAUUAAACGAUUUUGCUGUUAGGGGUAUAGGCCAUUCUGGGUAAGUUUAAUUGAUAACAAAAUGAAAAUUUUACUCAAGUCAAUGUGGCCAUCAUCAAGUCAAUGUGGCCAUCAUCAAAAAGUUUUUGCACAGAAUGUAAAGUAUCUACUUGCACUAUUCACAAGAGCAUGGGUACCUCUGUAGUUCUCUGCCUACUGAUAUCUAGGGAAAGCAGAAGGAACCAAGCAUGCUUACAAGUCUUUGAAUAAUCAAGACCCCAACCUUAUCAGGAGACACUCAGAUCCUGGAGCCAUUUGAAUGCACUAAAUCACCUCUACAGAAGUUGUUGGAUACACUGAUGUGUACAGAAGAACUGGUCAUCUCUUGCAUGUGCAGAGGUGAAUACUUGCAGCAAGUUAUCAAUUUAAAGGAAAAAUGCCAGGUUUUCCAUGUUAUUAUCAAGACUUGCAGUUAGCAUUCAUUAGUGUCUGCUCACUUGCAGGAAAUCUGUCCCCCCCCCCCCACACACACACACACUCACAAAAACAACAGCACUCAGUUUUCUGCUGGAUUAGUUACCCACAUUUUCAUUAAUGCUUAGAAACUACCAUAAGCAUGCAGAAAGUUAUGUCUACUUCUUUGUUGGAGUGUAAAUAUUUUUUUUCCAGUGGAGCCAAUGAAAAUUUGAAAUGCUGUGAAGAGAAAAGGGAGUUCGAUAUGUAUGGGUGUACAUAAAUACAUGCAUGCAUACAUACAGGGAAGGGAAUGUUUUAUUCCCAAAAUGAAUACCAAGAGUCUUUAAAUAUUAAUGCUUUGAAAAGAUAUAUGCAUCUUUUUAUUCUAAAUCUUACACACAUGCUCACCAAAAUGAUGUAUUCAGUUGCUGGUCAACUCUUUAAAUGCUUGGCUCAUGACUGUUAUGGGAUGUAGAUAGAAGGCAUAGAUAUGUAGAUGAUUUUGUAGAUACUGGGGUUUAUAUACAUGUAGAUAUAAAUAAAGAUAUAGAUUAUAUAGAUAUGCUGCCUUAUGGAAAGGUUUCUGGUAUAUUUGAAAAAAAAAAUGUUGCACAAUUCAGAGUUUCUUCAGGAGGAGUGUACUUUUCCCAUCAACAGGAACAACCCCCCUCCCCAGCCCCCCACCCACACAAUGCACCCAGACCACGCACAUUUUUUAAAUUUGUAUGUGGUUCCUGUGGCAAAUGGUCUGCUUUCCUCUUCUUUCACCCAUUGCAAUCUCACCCCAUGUAGCAGUAACAGCUCUCCUGAUAUUACUGUCCUACAAUUUUUUAAAAAAUCCCUUGAAUUAGUAAAACAGCCAGAAGCUUAGUGCCGCAGUUACAAUCUCCAUGUUUUCUUCAGUACAACUGAUGACAAAAGCCAAAUGCUCCACAGCAGGGGUCUCCAACCUUGGCAACUUUAAGACUUGUGGACUUUAACUCCCAGAGUUCCUCAGCCAGUUGGGAGUUGAAGUCCACAAGUUGCCAAGGUUGGAGACCUCUGCUCCACAGUAUGCAUACAGUAGAAAUGUGUCCCAGUUCUGGCCCACUUUGAGUUUUAUUUUUCAUUUUUCCUUACAUUUUCUCAAAUCCAAGAGGAGGAGAUAAUUGAGGGUGAAAAAAGAACGACCUAUCUCACACUUACUAAGGGGGAUGGGCAGGCAUGGUUACCAGGCCACUUUGGGGGGGGGGUUGUUUUCCUAUUUUAAAAAAAUCUGGAAGAUAACUGGGAUAAAUUCCUAAAUCAGCUAUUCCAGAAUAAUUCCUCUGAAGCCAGAGGGUAUCUUCUAAGUCAAGUGAUUGGUGAGCUGGACCAACCAUUGUUUUGUUGCUUUGCUCAGGUGGACAGGGAAACAAUAUGAAUGUUACGAAAGAUGGUAUAUUUGGGUAGCAAAGAAGCUAUCUAAAGGAAGAAACCAGGUAAUAUUUCCCAAUGUUUACUCUUUUGUCUGAAAGUUUAGCCACUAGGCAGAAUAAUGCCUACUCUUCUCCCUUAGGGGGAAAAAAAAUCUUAGGAAAGGGGGAAAAAAAUUGUAAAUGAGAUUUGUAAGAUAUUAACAGCAGGAUUAGCUUGAUCUCAAAACAGCCGGAAUGGAUACCUGCAAUGGCAAUAUUUUGAAGAUUGCCACUAAACCAGCAUGAGAUCCAAAAAUGCACCCCUUUGGUUGUGUAUGUGUGCGUGCGUGCGUGUGUGCGUGCAGCAACUUGGGAGGCAGGCAAUGUGUUUUCAGCCAAUCUUGUUGAAUACCAUCCGGCCUUGUUCUAUAUAAAGCAAUUUGGCCAUUGAAUGCUUGUCCUUGUUCUGAUUCUUAUUGUAAUUUGUUGCUGAUCUUGCAACCGAGUGUAUGUUAAAACUUUCAGUUGUACAUUAAAUGCACAGUUUUGUGUGCUUUAAAUUUCUGUACAUACAUGGAUGCACAAUACUAUAAAUACUGUGUGUUAAUUGUCCUCCUUGGGGAAUUUUGCCUCCCAAAUAGUAUUUUCAUGUACAUGUCUCUUUAAAAAAUGUUUAAAAUACUGCUGUAUUUUGCGUGCCUCUCCAGGUGUGUGUUUUGAAAAGAGGACUGGCUCUUACACAGAAUAUUAAAGGAAUCUAAUUUUCAACAUAUAUUUUUGAUAACUUGAAAUGUACAAAAUACUCUUUUAAUGGAAAAUUUGAUCAGCCUAAAAAAUACUAAAUCUAUUUGAGUGAAUGGUAUUCAUAGCCAUAAGUUAUUUUUGUUUUUAAUUAAGAGUAUGAUUUUGUGUAUAAUAAGGUAUCAUGGAUAAAGAUUUCCUUUUGAAAUUUUAGAAACAUAAAAGUAUUUUUUUUAAAUUGCAUUUUCAGUCGAUUUUACUCUCCAAAAUUAGAUUCAGAUCACUUGUUCAGUUCCAUACAAUUUGCUUUUGGUCCAUGCUUUUGGAAUUGAGCUAGCUGUUACCAUAUAUACAUGUGCUGCCUUUCCCCAUUACAACUGAUUCUAGCAUUCUUUGAAAAAUCGACUGAUUCCAAAGCAUUUUUAUGCCAAGCCAAGGAAAGGUAGUAAUUGGCGUGGUCUCAAAAGAAGCUGAGCAUUUAUUAAUUGUUUUUGCUCUGUCAGUGAAUAGGAGGUCUCCUCAUUUGCAGGAGAACUAAAUGUUUCAGGAAGCAGGUUAUUAUGUAGAAUUUUAUGGGCUACCCGCAUUUAACCUACAAAAUACCCUUAAAAACCUCUCUUGUUCCAGUUCUAUUUUUUUAUUAUUAUUAAAUUUGUUUGCCUUCAACCUCACCAUGAGGUGACUCUGAAUGGCUUACUAUAUCAUUGUACGAAGCUGCCCUAGAGUAGUGAAUGAAUCUCCAAGUAAUCUCUCUUUCUUGUAAUCACAUAGCCUUAUUUCCUUGAUACAGUAGUUCAAAUGAUUGAAUCUGGGAUUUGGGGCCUGCAAAUCUUUAGCACUGGAAAGACUCCAGGUAGUCCUCAACUUACAACCAAUCAGGGGACCUACAACUGGUCUUUAUCCUUAUGACUGUUCCCACAGUCAUGUGAUCAAAAUUUGAGUGCUUGGCAACUGGCAUGUACCUUACGAUGGUUGCAGCAUCCCAGGGCCAUAUGAUCAUCAUUUGCUAGCUUCUGACAAGCAGAGUAAAUGGGGUAUUUGCUUAAUAACUGCACGAUUCGCUUAACAAUUGCAGUGAUUCGCUUCACUACCAUGGCAAAAAAGGUCAUAUGAUUGACUCAUUUAACAACAGCCUUGCUUAGCGGCAGAAAUUUUGGUCCCUGUUGUGAUCAUAAGUCGAGGACUACCUGUAUGGAUUUCAGCUGGUUUACCCUGCAUUUCAGCUGCAUGCUCAUUUUACAAGUUGUUUGAUGAGUGGUGACAACAUGCCCUACUGUCAUCAUGGAUGUGUGUCAUUGCAGCUGCUCAGAAAACACACUCAGCACUAUCCCACAUGACACAGUAGCAUAAAUUAGCAGUUUACCACACCCAUCGCUGAUUAUGCAUUUCUGGAUGCCUUCCUCCAUCUGUAUCUUCAUAUUUCUCCAAGCAGCAAUGUUGUGUAGCUGUUAGAUUGUUGGGCUGAGCAAAAUCCCACUCCAUUAUGAAGCCUACUACUGUAGGUGAUUUUAGACUAAUCUCAAGCAGUGUGGUGGCCUAGUGGUGAAGACGCUUGCCUCCCACUUGGAAGUUGAGAGUUCAAUCCUAGGUAGCGGCAGAUAUUUUUCCCCUAAGGCACAAAGAGAAAAUAUCUGCUGUGAACUCCACAUAGGCAUCAGGAAGGGCAUCUGGCCAGUAAACGCUCAUCUCCGCCCCAACUCUACCCUAAAUAGGGACUACAGGGUCAUAAAAAGGGAAGGGUUUUUUGUCUGUAUCUCAACCUCAUCUGAUUCAAGCAUGUAAUGUAAAAAUAAAGCACUCAUGUAUCCCAGUGAGUUGAUUAGGAAAAAAAAGGGAUUCUCUGGGAUAUUGCUUGAAAAAAGAGCAAUAAGGUUGAGAGAAUGGAAAAGACUCAAAAAAAACCAUAGUUGGGUAGAGGUGAUAAUAUCCUCACUUUGAGAGGUGAAAAUCUCAAAGAAGAAAAAAAGUAGGAUAUGAAGCGGUGAAAGGCAAAGGCAGAAAAAUCUGGAGAGACUUGGCAUAAAGUUGCGGCAGUUCGCUUUCUUAUCGUCUGCCUUGAAGUUGUUUGACUACUAGUUCUCACUCCUUUUCCCUGAGUUUCACAAUAUGUUGUCAACCCUGGAAGGAAAUAGUACAAUGUGUAAUAGCGUCUCCGUAGAGAACUGCGACAAUAGUUGUAUGCUUCGUGAUCAGCCGAGUGCUGAUCAAGCCCCAUCAACAGUCCUCGGUCACAGACUGGGAGAUUCAGGGGAGCCAUAUGGAAGUACAGUGAGCCAUGAAAUGAAAUUGGUGCAUCUACAUAAUGCUGCUUCCUCUUCCUUUCCAAACUGAGUCUUUGCACGUCGGUAUAUAUGGUAACAGAUUUUUUUUUACUGAAGUCACUUUGCAGCACUCUAAAGACAAAAGAAAUGUACUCUGUAGGCUUCAAACUACCACUGAGAACAUUUCAAAUUCAUUAGUCUGAAUCAAUAACUGCAGACAGGGUUGUACACAAAAAAAAAAGAGCAGCCAAGGAGGUUUACACAAAAGCCAAGUGUUCUACUAUCAUGUGUCCUUCCUUUUUCGAGUUUCCAAAGAUGACAGUUUUGUUGCAUGUACCAGCCUAAGUAAAUAAGUAAAUAAACCAUGAAAACGCUCUCAGUUGUCACGUCAAGGUGACAUACAUGACAUCGUCCCCUCCAAAGCCGUGCCACUAAAAGAAAACCUAGUAUGUGUGCAUGUGUCUUUUAUGGAAUUGGGGCAUUUCUGCAUGGACCACAAUGUAUUCUCUGGGAUUUGCUUGGUUGGUUCUUUAUGCUUACCAGAGUUCCUCUUUGCACCAGACAGAAUCAAGGUGAGCAUUUACAGUUUCUGUAAAACGCGCUCCAAAUAGUCAUGCCUCGUUGUAAAGGAAGGACUAUGUGUCGUUUUUAUAACUGCCUCUCGUGUUGUACACCAAAAUGUUUUAAAACCAAGCAGAGAAGAAAAAAAAAAAAAGCAGUUGUGCAACGGACCAGCUUCUUAACAGCAUGUUUGUGACUUGCUCUUCUGAUAGCAGCAACGGUUUGCAUUUUUUUUUCCUGUUUUCUUAUUCAGAUGUGUUGUCCUUUCCCACGUAAAAUGUCGCUUUUCCUUAAACAAACCUUUAUUUUUCAUUUUGACUUCAAAUAAAAGAAUACAAUUUAAAAACAAAA